CCGCUCAGCCUAAUUAGAGCAGCUCAGGGAAGAUCCUCAGCUUAGUGCUCUACGGCUAGGAGCGGGAACACACAGGCAUACAUACGCCCACACACACACGCGCACACACACACACACACACACACACACACACGCACGCACGCACGUACGCAGGGCCGGCCGCGGGAGAGGCCGCCCAUAGGCCCGCUCCGGGCUCCCAGUGAUUAGAGCAGCUCAGCUCUACAGGAAUAGGAGGAGGGUUCGCAGUUCAGCGCCACAACCGACGCAGCACCACGCUGAAUAUGUAUAAAUAUACACCGGUCCGCACCAAUUAGCUUUACUACUGCUGUAGUAGGGAUUGUUGGGAUCCGCCGUGCCAGAAAAGGGAGGACACUACAAGCCAAAAGGGAUUGACCUCAGCUAAAAACAACACUUGAAGUUUUUGAGUUCUUCUUAUGAUUGUUUUUUUCUUUUAUAUGCUGGACUGUAUUUUUGAAUAGCACCAGGGGACGUUCCUGACGGAGGUCUGAGGGGAACACGACUAUUGAGGUGUUGAUUUCAAAUUUGCUGGUUGAUGGCGUUUUUGCGGCAGAGCGGUGACUACUGCCACGCCCAACACAUUUGAGAGGAACGUGCGAUGAAACUUCAGCCGGCGUCUCUGACGUCCUGAACACCUCUCAGCGGUUUCCUUUAGCUUCAGAGACAGCCGACCCAUGGGGUAACCAGUGGAUACUAGCCCUCUAGAAGAUAACAGGAAAGAAACAAAGCGAGAGAGAGGAAAAACUGAACUUCGGUGCCGAGCACGACAUAUAGUGUGUAGAAAGGAGUAAGGACCGGACCUGAACUCAACCCAGCUGAUGGGGUAAAAACUGUUUUGGACACACCAACGGAACAACAGAACUGGGAAGGUUUCAAUAACUGUAUAGGAGACUACAGAGCGCAUGCGGGAAGUUUGAAAUCGCCCGGAGAACUGAUAUCCAAUCACCUGGUCUGGGAGUGGAAACGAGAGCUGCUUGCUGGUUAAAGCCAAAGGGGCAAACGGGUGAUUUCUAAAGGUCAGAGGUCAUCCUCGGAGGUCACAGAUCCCAAUGGCUAACAUGAUUCGUCCGGCUCCUGUGGAGCUCUGCCACAAGAACAUGAGGUUCCUCAUCACUCACAACCCCACAGACAGCACGCUAACGUCUUUUAUAGAGGACCUGAAGCGGUUUGACGCAACAACAGUGGUUCGAGUGUGUGAGGUAACCUACGACAAAGCCCCGCUGGAGAAAGAUGGAAUCACAGUGGUGGAUUGGCCAUUUGAUGAUGGUGCUGCACCCCCCAGUAAGCUGGUUGAAGAUUGGUUGAACCUGUUGAAGAAGAAAUUUCAGGAGGAUCCAGGAUCCUGUGUGGCUGUUCAUUGCGUAGCCGGACUGGGCAGGAAACGUCGUGGAGCCAUCAACAGUAAACAGCUGACCUACCUGGAGAAAUAUCGGUCAAAACAUAGACUACGCUUCAAAGACUCUCAUUCUCCAAAGAACAAGUGUUGCACCAUGUAAAAUAAAACACACACACUGGCACAUGCUCUCUCAGACACACACACACACACACACACACACACACACACACACACACACACACACACACACACACACACACACACACACACACACACACACACACACACACACACACACACACACACACACACACACACACACACACACGUUUUGCACUAUGAAGGACAAAAGCACUUUUUGCUACUUCAUCACAAAUGAAGUCCUCCUUAGCCUUCCUUGAUAUUCUUUUAAACAACCUCGAAGUUAAUUUGGAGAUCUUUCAAUGCACAGAUGAAUAGCUUUGUCAUGGGAUCUCAGAGCUUGUUUCUAAUGACUUCAUGUAUUUGAGAUGUUUUUCACAACAGAUAUGCUUUGUUUGAUGGGUUAGCAUGGAGAGAGACGGGAAAGAUGGGAGCAAGAGAGUGUUAGCGUGAUGUUUUCACAGAUGUUUCGCGUUUUCUUUCUGUUUUAUUCAACUUUGUGGUGAGAAUAGUGACACCAGAUCAAAUUACUUUUAUAUUAAACUAGCCCUAUUUCGUGGUUCAAAGGUGAACCGUGAAAAUUUCUAUUUUCCAUUUGAUAGUCCUUUGAAGUCUAAAUGGCUUUAUCAACCUUGAUCAAAUAUGAUCCCUUUAUUAUGCGCUUUGGCCUUGGUUAACACCCAGAUUCACUUGGUUCAAACAAAACACAUCCAGUUCCACGAUUUUAUUAGAUGCAUCUGAUUAGAUGCGUCCACUGGAUUCAUAUUUCCCCCAAACACUGAACUCAUUCCUGUUAUUCAAGAGCAACGUACCAUCCAACCUCCGAGACGGCACUUUCUCAGGGGAAACACUGGUGCAAAAGCUCUUUCUAAUUAGUUUAAAUUGGUGAUGAGUGAUUGUACUCGCCUCUUUGAGCUAAUGGCUAACCCAGGAAUUACAAAACCUUGGUUUGGCGCUGUCAAAUCUCCUCUAUCCCAUCAUGAGAAUGAUGUACCGUUUACAUGUACUGAACAAUACUGAAAAACAAACCACCACGACUAGAGACAAGACGGUAUGGUCAUAUGGUCCUUUAGUACCUGACAAGUCAAGUACCUAUUCUGUGCAUCAGCCAGGGGUUGUUUUACAUAUAAACUCCUUGGUGUGAAAAACUUAAGACACAUAUUACAAAAGAAUGUAACCUAAAUAACCUAAACCAUGGUUAUUUUACGCAUACGAUUUAUGGUCAAUUGAGUAGAAGAUUGAUUUAAAAAUGUGUGUAUGUGUGGGUGAGUGUGUAUGUGUGUAUAUGUGAAAGAGUUGUAUGUGCGUGUGUUUGUGCAUGUGUGUAUGCGUCUGCUUGUGUGUUUGUGUAUAAGGAUUGUGUGUGUGUGUGUGUGUGUGUGUGUGUGUGUGUGUGUGUGUGUGUGUGUGUGUGUGUGUGUGUGUGUGAAAAGAGUAACUACGCAUUUGAAAGUCAUGUGUUCUUUUGUUGGGUUUUGUUUUUAACGCAUGUUUUUAAAGCAAACAUUUUCAUGUAUCCUAAAAGGAAAAGUCAUUGGCUUUGUUUUUAAAGUGGCGACUGAUGACUAAAGCUUUGUUUUCACAUCACAAUUGGUCUAGCAUGUUCUUAGCAUGUAGCAUUAGCCCUGAUAUGACUGUUAACUCGAUAAGUGUACCUAAGGAGUAGUUACUCUUUAAUGUUUGUUGCUCUAAAUUGUUUGGAGAGUUACAAUAGGUGGCUGCUUUUCCAAGCUGGCCAGCUGUUAAGAAAUUAUAAUAUCUGUUGUCGCUUUUCUCAGAAUCCAAUUAAAAGAGUAAUAUAUCUGUACAUUCUUUAAAUAAUAAAAUGAUUUAAUUAUUUAUCUUUUGAUGUCCAUUAAAGACAUUGGAAAUCGAAAAAUUGUUGUUGAGUCACAUUACUCUCAAGGCAAAUCCAGUUACGAUGGAAUUUGAUUUUUCCACACAUCAGCACUUCCAAGUUAUCCACUAGGCCUGUUUAAUUGAAUAAAAAUGUCUCUGAUCAAAA